CGUCCCAGCCGCGCGCGGCCAAAAGGCUGCUGCUCCCGUUACCGAGGCAACCACGGCACCUCCUCCGCGCCGGCCCGGAUAGUCUCUCCGCGCCAUUUUCAAACUGUCCUGGAGCCGGAACCGGUGUCUGGGGCGGAAGGAGCCGGCGUGGCGCGAGGGAGAAUGCGACCGCAGGCGGAGGGAGCAGCGGCCGGGGCUGCGAGAUUUUAAUUUUUGGAAAUGAAUAAAACUACUUUGGAAGACAAGAUGACUACAGCUGCAGAAAGAAAAUAUAUUAAUAUUAGGAAAAGAUUGGAUCAGUUGGGAUACCGCCAGGCUCUGACAGUGGAGUGUUUACCUUUGGUAGAAAAACUUUUCAGUGAUCUAGUUCAUACAACAGAAAGUCUUCGGAAAUCAAAAUUAUCUGCUGUGAAAGCUGAAAAAGAAAGUGCCAAUUUUGAUUUUGUAUUGGAACCUUAUAAACUUGAAAAUGCAAGAUUGAGUAAGGAAAAUAAUGAAUUAUACCUGGAAUUAAUGAAACUGAGAGAACAAUCAGGCCAACACAUUAAAGAGUUGAAAACCACAUUGAAAAAGUGUGCACGUGAAACAGCUGAUCUGAAAUUUCUAAAUAAUCAAUAUGUUCAUAAACUCAAACUUCUGGAGAAAGAGAGUAAAGCUAAGAAUGAAAAAAUUCAACAGCUUCAAGAAAAGAAUUUGCAAGCUGUAGUACAAACUCCAGGUGGCAAGAAAAGAAGUAUUGCUUUCAGGCGCCAGCGUAUGCAAAUUGACGAACCAGUCCCUCCCUCUGAAGUCAGUUCUUAUCCAGUUCCUCAGCCAGAUGACCCGUACAUUGCAGACCUUCUGCAAGUGGCUGAUAACAGAAUUCAAGAACUUCAGCAAGAAGUCUACCAAUUACAAGAAAAGUUAGCAGUGAUGGAAAGUGGACUGAGAGAUUAUAACAAGCAGAUUGAACUAAGAGAACGAGAAAUAGAACGACUGUCGGUUGCAUUGGAUGGGGGUCGCUCCUCUGAUAUCCUUUCUCUGGAGAGUAGAAAUAAAGCCAACGAAAAGCUUAUUGCUCAUUUAAAUAUUCAGGUUGACUUUCUUCAGCAAGCUAAUAAAGACCUGGAAAAGCAUAUACAAGAGCUUAUGGAAACCAAGGAAACAGUAACUACUGAAGUUGUUAAUUUAAGUAACAAAAAUGAAAAACUCUGCCAGGAAUUAACUGAAAUAGACCAGUUAGCACAGCAGUUGGAAAGACAUAAAGAAGAAGUGCUCGAGACUGCCGACAAAGAACUUGAGGAAGCAAAGAAAGAGAUUAAAAAAAAGCUAUCUGAAAUGCGGAAUCUUGAAGAAACAAUGGGAAAACUUCAACUGGAAUUAAACUUAUGUCAUAAAGAAAAGGAGAGACUGAGUGAUGAACUCCUUAUAAAAUCAGACCUGGAAACUGUUGUUCAUCAGCUUGAACAAGAAAAGCAAAGACUUAACAAAAAAAUUGAAAGUUUUGCAGUUACAGAAAGAGAACUUACUUUGGAAGUUGAGAGGAUGAGGCUAGAACAUGGAAUAAAAAGACGAGACAAGUCACCUUCUCGUUUAGAUACGUUUCUGAAAGGUAUAGAAGAUGAACGAGAUUUUUAUAAGAAAGAGCUAGAAAGACUCCAGCAUUUAAUACAGCGAAGAUCUUGCUCUCGAAGUCAUUCUACAUGUGAAAAAAUUCCAGUAUUUAAGACACUAGAAAAGGGUGAUUACAACUCAGAAAUUCAUCUGAUCACAAGAGAAAGAGAUGAACUUCAGCAUAUGCUAGAAAGAUUUGAAAAACAUAUGGAGGAUAUACAGUCCAAUGUUAAAUUAUUGACAGCAGAAAGAGAUAAACUAAGUGUCUUAUAUAAUGAAGCUCAGGAAGAAUUAUCUGCACUCAGACAAGAAUCUACCCAAACCACAGUCUCCCAAAAUACUGUUAGUCUUAUGGAAAAGGAGAAAGAACUUGCAUUAUCUGACUUAAGAAGGAUUAUGGCAGAAAAAGAAGCUUUAAAAGAAAAGUUAAAACAUCUCCAUGAAAUGAGUAUUUUUGGAAAAUCAGCAUUAGAGAAAACUGUUGAACAUUUGACAUGUGUUAAUCAACAGCUUGAAAACGAAAAAUGUGAAUUAAAGUCUAAAAUGUUAAAAAUGAAAGAAACAAUAGAGUCUUUAGAGAAAAAAGUAAAACUCCAAGCUCAAAAACUUAGCCAUGUGGCUGGUGACUCAUCUCAUCAGAAAACAGAGAUGAACUCACUUAGGCUAGUAAAUGAGCAGCUACAGCGGUCACUUGAGGACUAUCAGCACCAACUUUCCAUGAAAAGAAGUGAACUUGAAUCAGCACACGCACAAGUUAAAAUACUGGAGGAAAAAAUAGAUAAACUACACUUCAAGAUGACUUCACAGAAUGAAGAGGCUCAUGUAAUGAAAAAGACCAUUGGUGUUAUUGAUAAAGAAAAAGACAUUCUUCAGGAGACUGUAGAUGAGAAGACAGAAAAGAUUGCAAACUUGCAUGAAAACCUAGCUAAUAAAGAAAAAGCUAUUACUCAGAUGAAGAUAACAGUCUCAGAGUAUGAAUCUUCUAUGAACCACCUAAAGGAAACAUUGAUUAAUCAGGACCGUGAGAUAAGCAGCCUCCGGCGCCAGCUUGAUGCAGCUCACAAGGAACUUGAUGAAGUAGGAAGAUCUAAAGAAAUGUCUUUUAAGGAAAACAGAAGAUUACAGGAUGAUCUGGCUACAGUGGCAAGAGAAAACCAGCAAAUUUCAUUGGAAUUAGAAGCAGCAGUGCAAGAAAAAGAAGAAAUGAAGAGUAGAGUUCAUAAUUACAUAACUGAAGUGUCACGAUGGGAGAGCUUAAUGGCUGCUAAGGAAAGAGAAAAUCAAGAUUUGUUAGAUAGAUUUCAGAUGCUUCAUGACCGUGCUGAAGACUGGGAGGUCAAAGCCCAUCAAGCUGAGGGAGAAAGCAGCUCAGUUCGACUGGAACUUCUUUCUAUUGACACAGAGAGGAGACACCUUCGAGAAAGAGUGGAGCUACUAGAAAAAGAAAUUCAGGAGCACAUAAAUGCACAUCAUGCUUAUGAAUCUCAGAUCUCAUCGAUGGCAAAAGCCAUAUCUAGAUUAGAAGAAGAGCUGAGACACCAAGAAGAUGAAAAAGCAGCAGUAUUAAAUGAUGUGUCAUCUCUUAGAGAACUUUGCAUUAAGCUUGAUUCGGGCAAAGAUAUUAUGACCCAGCAAUUGAAUUCCAAAAACCUUGAAUUUGAGAGGGUUGCAGAGGAAUUAGAAAAUGUAAAAUCAGAAUCAGAGCUGUUAAAAAAACAACUGUCAAGUGAAAGACAUACGAUUAAAAACCUUGAAUCAUUGUUGGCUACAAAUAGAGAUAAAGAAUUUCAUUCCCAUUUAACCUCCCACGAGAAGGAUACAGAAAUUCAGUUACUUAAAGAGAAGUUAACCCUUUCAGAAAGCAAAUUAAAUAGUCAAAGCCGGGAAAACACCAUGCUUCGGGCUAAAAUGGCACAAUUACAAACAGAUCUUGAUGUUCUGAAAAGGCAGAUUUCAACUGAAAGAUAUGAACGAGAACGAGCAAUCCAAGAGAUGCGUCGGCACGGUCUUCGCACACCGCCCCUUAGUUCUACUCUGAAGUCUCCUUUACAUUCUCCUGAACAUGUAAACUGAUUAUCAGAAAGAAUGAUGGCUUUCAUGAGUUGGCUAUAUGGAUUUUUUUAAAGGACAAACAGUAAUGAAAUAUUUGAAGCACUUGUUCCUGAAAAUUAUGAACAUUGACACAAAUUCUACCUCUGUCAACUUUUAUUUAAAUCAGUGAAUAUGUAAAAAUUUGGUUUAAAAGAGCUUUAUCCAUGUGUAUAUUUUCAUAUAUAUGACAGAACAGAAUAUGUAUGAAUAGUGCUAAUGUUAUAUCUGUAUUUUUAUUAUUCCUGACUUAAAUUACUUCCACAGUGUGUUUAUACUGUGAAUUAAUGUGAUGUAUUAUUCACAUUAUGCUUUAAAAUCUUUUUCUUAAUGAGCCAUGAUAUAUGUAUAUAAAUAUUCUAGUUUCCAUGCCUGUGUUUAUAACCUAUAUCUUUAAUACAUUCAGAAGGGAUGAUCAACUUUGAUGCUAUGCUGUCAUGUUUAACUUUUUUCUUCUACAUGUAAAAUUAAUUAUGCACCAAUAUGAUGUCUAUCAUUGAGGGGACUAUAUUCAGGUCUAUUCUUAUAAUAGCAAAGGUCUUGAUAAAAUAAUGGUUACCAUAUAUAAUUUGUUAUUGCCAACUAGAAGAACUGUGAUAGAAAAGAUACAUUGGGCUUCCCUGGUGGCGCAGUGGUUGAGAAUCCGCCUGCUGAUGCAGGGGACACGGGUUCGUGCCCCGGUCCGGGAAGAUCCCACAUGCCGCGGUGCGGCUGGGCCCAUGAGCCAUGGCCGCUGAGCCUGCGCGUCCAGAGCCUGUGCUCCGCAACGGGAGGGGCCGCAGCAGUGAGAGGCCCGCGUACCGCAAAAAAAAAAAAAAAGAUACAUUCAUAUAUUAUAUACAAUAUUAUACUAUUUUGGCUAUCACAUGGACUCUUCACAUAAUAUAAACGCUAUCAAAAUUAAACUAAAAGCUGUAUUUAGAAUUUUGUAAAACGAUAGAACAGAAAUUUGGGAUAUUUUUCAGUAAAUAAAAUUUCUCACUGUACUAAUCUAAAAUUUUGAAUACAAAAGUAUCAAUAUAUGGGGUAAAUACAGUAAAACAUUUUGUUAAAAUUCCAUUAUACAUUAAAUAAUAUCCAGUUUUUUGCUUCUAAACCUGUGUGUUGUAAUUUAUCAGUCUUCCAGAAUAGUAUGUAAACACUGACCUGUUGUGGCAUAUUAGAUAGAAAACAGCUUUUUACAGUGAAUUUUCAAAGUUGUAACUUUAAAGGAUUUAGAUAUAUACAGAUAUUAAUAAAAGUACAAAAUAGAUUGUCAUACAAAAACUAAUUGUGUGGGCUUCACUGGUGGCGCAGUGGUUGCGAGUCCGCCUGCUGAUGCAGGGGACACGGGUUUGUGCCCCGGUCCGGGAAGAUCCCACAUGCCGCGGAGCGGCUGGGCCCAUGAGCCAUGGCCGCUGAGCCUGCGCGUCCGGAGCGUGCGCUCCGCAACGGGAGAAGCCACAACAGUGAGAGGCCUGCGUACCACGAAAAACAAAACAAAACAAAAAACACAAACAAAAAAAAAACUAAUCGUGUUUAAACCAUACACAUUUGAAGAAAAUCCUGUUUUUAAUAGAUUUCAUUAUGAUCGAAAAAGAACUUAAAAACUAGCAUUGGAAAAUGGAAAACCAAUUAUUUAUGAUACAUUUUAUUUCCUCCUGUGGUUUAAUAAAGUGGAGUUUGUGUGUACCUGGGGGUGGGCAGCGCUCUUUUUCUAAAACUAAUAUUCCUUAUAUAUUCUCGUUAUGCCCUUUGCAGUAAUUAAGUGUGUAUUUGGUGUGAUGUGGCUUACUUUUUCACCAUCUAUGUAAUUUUAUGUAUUCUAUCUCCUGUGUGUGAAUUCAUGUAUUACAGCAAAAUACAAUAGAAGUGGGACUAUUUACAAUGUCAUGUGGAAAAUCUUUUAAUAAAUAUAUGUAAAUAAAAGUUAAAAAUUUGUCCCCACCUUUUCCCCAAAGCAACAGCAAGGCAUAUUUUGUUAGAUAUUUUAUUUUUAAUGUUUCUAUAAUUUAAAAAUGUAUAGUUUGCCAUAAUUGUUAUUUUCAUAAUCAGCCAUGAUACAAUUUUUUAAUGUAGUUUUAUCUUGAAAUACUGAAUGUUCUGACCUUUUAUAGAUGUUUUUAAUUUGUUUUAAAUAAUUUUAAAUUAUGGAGCUUGACAUAGA